GAAUUUUUGAAGAAUUGACGUCGAGGUCUGCCUAGCGGUCGCCUUGUCCGCCUUACACCAUGUACCAGGAUUAAUUCCUUUUCUCAUUGGUUCAGAUGUGGACUUCAUGUUGGAAUGGUAGAAAAGGGAAAAAAAGAAAGAGCGACGGAUCGAAGUGUAUGGAGAGCUCCAUCUGCACGACUGACUAGCUCGGUCGGGUCUCUACUCGCAUCGUGUUUAUGAAUUUCGACAUGGGGAACGGUUUGGGGUGGUAUGCGGUGCCCUGUCAGAGCUGCUUCAAGCCAUCAAGGAACAUGAGCAAUGAUGAGGGGCGCAGCACAUGGAGAGUCGUCGAUCUCCAAUGCUUUUGAUGGGCUCAGGGGGUAUGCACGCCAAAGUCGACACACAGAAGCGUUUGAAUUAUGUGAGGAGAUCCUUCACCGGCCUGCUGUGGGGCAUACCCAUCUCCUUUCCACAAUGCGGCUCUGUGAUGAUUUGCAAAAGAAUACGUCCGUCCCAAAUGCUACACAUAUGGACUUUUGUGGAGGAUAUGUUGGGGCUUGGUCCACAUACUUUAGUGGUUUGUCGUGCCGUCUCUGGUUUCUUUGUUUUCUUGCAUCAUCUGAAUACAUCAUAUCUGUUACAUACACAACUACUGCGCCUAUCGUCUUCGCUACUUCGCCUCAGACUUUCCCCCAGUCUCAAUAUCUCCAUAUCCGACUAUCGACCAGUGGAUUUUCAUGGCCUGGCAUUCUUGAAAUUCAUGAUUUUGUUUGUGCAUAAAUAAAAACAAAAGGUCGUGUACAAGAAAAGAUUUAUUUGCUUGCUUGUUGUCUGCAAAAGCAUUUGUUGGAAGUCGUAGCAAGCUGGACAUACUCGAAUUACGUUUGUGAGUUCUGUUUGUUCUGUUUGUUGGCUCUCCCGUCCUGUCGUCUCAAUUCAAGAGCUCUUUUGGGAUACACAGGAAACUCAUGCCCGUAAUAGGAUCAAUAAGAAAACAAACAAAUAUCAGCUCUGUUCCUUCCAAGCUUAUUGCUUUUUAUCUCUUUCUCUUCUAGAAGCUCAGCCCCGCCCCAUUUCUCCAGUUUAGAAUCGUGGGGGCCAAAAGCAAAGAAAGUAAACCCGAAGACGCAUCUAUAUUGGCUAUUCAAUUACUUCCACUUAUAUUACUUGGACAUCAUGUCUUACGAUACUCUACCUUACUCGACCAUGGAACCACCUUUUUUCCAGGAGAAUAGAUCAAACCCUCAAUCUUUCCGUCGUGAGGAUUUGAUGGACAUUGAAAGUUCUUGGAUACAGAAUAUUGAUCCACUUCUUCGUCAAUCUCAAAUGGGCUCGCCGGAUUUCGGUUACAGUCAAGAUAUACCACAACAACCUCUACAGAGAUUCAUCACAGAGCCAGGACGAGCUCUCUUCACUACUGUUCCAAACAUGGCUCACUUCGAUAGCUGUCCCCGACCGCCUUAUAGAGCAUUCGAACCCGUUAGUGUCUAUCCUCAAGCUUCUCGAACAAGAAUGAUAUCCCCUUCUCCUUCCCAAGAGCUCUCUUCCAACUGCAGCAGUGCUCGAAGUCCAGCUACCGAAACAGAUUGGUAUCACGAUGGAUACUAUUCUUCUCAGGGCCAAGAUGACUACACCCUCCCCAACACCUCUCAUGCUACCUCGCAAAACUUCUCUGAUGUAUGGUCACCACCACAAAUUCUAUCCGGACAUCCCACUGGAUAUCCAUGUGUUAAUCUCAGUGAUGUCCAGGCAUUUGCCGAUCCGCAAGAAAUCAAAUUCGAGACCGAUGAAACAUAUGCCGAUUAUGCGAUCCAAGCAUCAGAGUCUGGGAGCCACAAGUUAGCUUCUCAUAUAUCACAUUAUAGAGAUGAGGGAUUGGGGUCGUCAAUUCGAGACGCUGCAUCUCCACAAGCAGUUUCCAUUCAAGCUUCCAAUAACGACAAUACAUCCACAGUUUCUGAUGCUGAUAUUGAUGCAGAAGGCGAUGUUGAUGUUGAAACUAAUGGGGAAAUAGACACGGAAGCAGAAAUCGAUUCCGAAUUACUACCUCAAGAUGGAGAAGUUGAAGAGGAGGGAGAACCAUCAGAUACAGAAUACACACCUCGUCCCUCAACCCGCAACCCGCGCAAACGCACCAGCACAGCUAAGCCCUACUCUCCCUCUACCACAAAACGCAACCGCAUAUCCAAAUCCUCCACAUCCACAUCUAAAUCCUCUUCUAAACUCUCCUCAGGAGGUCUCUCCUGCAAACAAUGCGUCUCCACCGGCUUCAAAGACACUCCUACUCUCCAGCGACACAUCGCAUCCGCGCACACUCGGGCUUUCAUCUGCGUCUUCAAUUUCGCAGGUUGCGAUAGUACCUUCGCCUCGAAAAAUGAAUGGAAACGACACGUUUCCUCUCAGCACCUCAAUCUGCAAGCUUGGGUGUGCACUCUCGGAUCCUGCGGCAAGGUUCCUCUCAGCUCGCACUCGCACUCGGGCUCUAGCACUGCGGUGCGGAAAGGUGUGGUGGUAACCCCGCAUGCGCACGCGCGCGGUUAUGGAGAGGUUAAAGGCGCGGAGUUUAAUCGGAAGGAUUUAUUCACGCAGCAUUUGAGACGCAUGCAUGCGCCGUUUGAGGUGAAGAGGAAGGGGAAACGGAAUGGAGAGUGGGAGGAUCGGGUGCGGGUUCUGCAGAGGAGUUGCGAGCGUAGUAGAAGGGAAGCGCCGGAGCGGCUUGGGUGUCCGGUGAGGGAGUGUGCGGAGGGAAAUGAUGGAUUGGGAGUGUGGUUUGAGGGGAGCGGGUGCUGGGAUGAGAGGAUGGAACAUUUGGGGAAACAUUUGGAGAGGGCGGGGGAUGGGGCGGGGAGAGCGGAUGAAGGGGGGGUGAGGCAGGAUGAUGAUACGCUCUUUGUGGAGUGGGCGGUGCAGCAGAAGAUUAUUGAGAGGGGGGUGAGGGGGGAUUGGAUUCUUUGUUCGGGGAAGAGCGGUCGUGGGUGGGCGAGGAAGAGACUGGUGGGGGGUUCGGAUAGGAGUGAUGGGAGGGUGGUGGCGAGACAUGUGGGAAUCAAAGUGGAGUGUGGGAUGGAGGGGGAUUUGGAUGCCGAGGGAGAAGAUGAGUAAUGAUGGAAUUUGAGUGAAUGGAUGAAAAAGGCACUUGUCUGCUCCUCUCCUUUUCCUUUUUUCCUUUUAAAUUUUUUUUUUUUUAAAAAAAAAAUCGAAUGUGUUGUUGAAAAUGUAGGAUUGUGAUGGAUAUGAAUCUGGAUAUUCCAGCCACGCAGGCUCACGAAGUACGAAGUAAUGAGUAACGAGUUAUGAAUUAUGGAUGAUGCGGCGUUGCUUUCCAUUUUGUUUUCUCCUCGUCAUGUUUUCUCUUUGGCUUCUCGGGCUCGGGCUCAAGAGAAGUAGAUGGUGUUUAUGUUGUGUCCUGGCUGGUCUACUUUAGCAAUUCAUAACGAUGAUGUAUUUUCUUUCUUCCUUUCUUUCUUUCUUCCUUCCUUUCUUCUUUCUUCCUUAUAGGAUUGGGGUUAGGAUUAGGAUUGGGAUUAGCUACCUAGGUUCAGUUCCGUAAGGCUAGAUCAGUAAUGGAUUACCUGGUGCAUGUAACUCGAUAUCUCUUUCCUCCAAUCUGAAUACUGAGACUCA